UCUCGCUCUCCCCAUUUCCUUCCCUGCUGGAGAUUUGGUCGCCGUCUCCGGUCACAUCCGGUGGUCAUUAUUAAGAAUAAGUAUGUAGGUGGUGAGCUUGGAAGUCUGAAAUUCACUGCAGGAGGAAAGGGACUCAUCACUGACACCAUGAAUUGGAACAAAGGUGGUCCCGGCACCAAGAGGGGCUUUGGUUUUGGUGGCUUUUCGAUAUCAACUGGAAAGAAGGAAGAGCCCAAACUCCCUCAGCAGUCACAUAGUGCUUUUGGAGCUCCUGGUUCUUCAGCUGGGUUUGGGAAGACACCACCACCUCAGUUGCCUUCUUUUUACAAGAUUGGAUCAAAGCGAGCAAACUUUGAUGAGGAGAAUGCCUAUUUUGAGGAUGAGGAGGAAGAUUCCAAUAAUGUUGAUUUACCAUACAUUCCUGCGGAGAACUCUCCUACUCGGCAGCAAUUCCAUUCUAAACCACCUGAUUCAGACAGUGAGGAUGACCCUUUGGAGGCAUUCAUGGCAGAAGUGGAGGAUCAGGCUGCUAGAGACAUGAAGAGACUAGAAGAUAAAGACAAAGAAAGAAAGAAUACAAAGGGUAUACGCGAUGAUAUUGAAGAGGAAGAUGAUCAAGAAGCUUAUUUCCGCUACAUGGCAGAAAACCCCAAUGCCGGUGUGAUUCCUGAAGAGGAGGAAGAUAACCUGGAAUAUGACAGUGAUGGCAAUCCAAUAGCGCCAUCUAAAAAAAUAAUUGACCCUCUUCCUCCUAUUGAUCAUUCAGAGAUUGAAUACCCACCAUUUGAGAAGAACUUCUAUGAUGAGCAUGAAGAAAUCACCAGUCUUACACCGCAACAAGUGGUGGAGCUACGCCAUAAGCUAAAUCUCCGGGUCUCUGGUGCUGCUCCCCCAAGGCCAGGAAGUAGUUUUGCUCAUUUUGGUUUUGAUGAGCAGUUAAUGCACCAAAUAAGGAAAUCUGAGUAUACUCAACCCACCCCUAUCCAAUGCCAGGGUGUCCCAGUGGCACUGAGUGGCAGAGAUAUGAUUGGCAUUGCAAAGACUGGCAGUGGGAAAACUGCAGCGUUCAUUUGGCCUAUGUUGGUUCAUAUCAUGGAUCAGAAGGAGCUAGAACCAGGAGAUGGUCCUAUUGCUGUGAUCGUCUGUCCAACCAGAGAGCUGUGCCAGCAGAUUCAUGCUGAAUGCAAGCGCUUUGGGAAGGCCUACAACCUGCGCUCUGUAGCCGUGUACGGUGGAGGAAGCAUGUGGGAGCAGGCCAAGGCUCUACAAGAAGGGGCGGAGAUCGUUGUCUGCACUCCAGGCCGCUUGAUUGAUCAUGUGAAGAAGAAAGCAACCAACCUUCAAAGAGUCACUUACCUUGUGUUUGAUGAAGCUGACAGGAUGUUUGACAUGGGUUUUGAAUACCAAGUCCGAUCGAUUGCCAGCCAUGUACGUCCAGAGAGGCAGACUCUACUGUUCAGUGCAACUUUUCGGAAGAAGAUUGAGAAACUGGCCAGAGACAUUCUGAUUGACCCAAUUCGAGUGGUGCAGGGCGACAUUGGAGAGGCAAAUGAAGAUAUCACUCAAAUUGUGGAGAUCUUCUCUUCUGGUCCCAACAAGUGGAACUGGGUGACUGGUCGCCUAGUUGAAUUCACCUCUUCAGGCAGUGUCCUCCUUUUUGUCACCAAGAAGGCAAAUGCAGAGGAACUGGCUAAUAACCUGAAACAGGAAGGGCACGACCUGGGGCUGCUACAUGGUGACAUGGAUCAAAGUGAAAGAAACAAGGUCAUUUCAGAUUUCAAGAAGGGGACCUUCCCAGUUCUAGUUGCUACUGAUGUGGCAGCUCGUGGUCUGGAUAUCCCUUCCAUUAAGACUGUAAUCAAUUAUGACGUGGCCCGUGAUAUUGACACCCACACCCACAGAAUUGGUCGUACUGGAAGAGCGGGGGAGAAGGGUGUGGCCUACACUUUGCUGACUCACAAGGAUAGCAACUUUGCUGGAGAUCUUGUUCGGAACUUAGAAGGGGCCAACCAGCACGUCACAAAAGAACUCAUGGACUUAGCCAUGCAGAAUGCUUGGUUCCGAAAAUCACGCUUCAAGGGAGGAAAGGGCAAGAAACUAAACAUUGGUGGUGGUGGCUUGGGUUACCGUGAACGCCCUGGCCUAGGAUCAGAGAGUGCAGACCGUGGGAGCAACAACGUCAUGAUCAACUAUGAGGCAUAUAAACCAUCUUCGGGAGCAAUGGGAGACAGGUUGUCUGCAAUGAAGGCAGCAUUCCAGUCCCAGUAUAAGAGCCAUUUUGUUGCUGCCAGCUUUAGCAACCAGAAGACAGGCAGUUCUUCAGCCACUGCCAGUGGAUGGACUAGUGCUGGAAGUCUGAAUUCUGUGCCAACAGGUUCAGCACAGCAGAACUCUGCAAAACCUGACAGUCCCAUAAGCACCACAGGUGUACCUAAAGGCAUCCCAGGUUUUACGAGUUCUGGAAAUUUAAACAGCGUCCCCAGCUUCCCAAGCCCUGGAAUUCAGGGAUACAACAGUGUGAAUGCCAGUAAUAGUAGCAGAGAAGGCAACAGUGGUGGCAGAGAACGCUACAGUGAAAACCGGGGUAGUAGUCGCCACAGUGAUGGCCAGCGCCAUGGAGAUGGCAGCAGUCGCCACAGUGACGGUCAGCGCCAUGGAGAGGGCUAUCGCCAUGGGGACAACCGCCAUGGGGACAGUCAUCGUCACAGUGAAAGCCGACAUUCUGGUGGUGGUGGUGGGAGCAGCAGCAGUAACAGUCGCCACAAUGACAGCCGAAAUAAUGGAGACAGCCGGAACAGCAGUGAAAGCAGAAAUAGUGAGAAUAGAAAUGAAGGCAAGAAAGAUGGCAAUGGCAAAACAGAUGGUUUUGCAGUUCCUGAACCCCCAAAGCGCAAGAAGAGUCGAUGGGACAGUUAAGAGCCUAGGCUCCCCACAAAAGUGGCAAGGUGCCUCACCCCCCCCCUCUCUCUCUCUCCUAUUUCUGUCUCUCUCUGUCUCUAAGGUGGGGGAGGGGGUCUCUUUGCCAGUAUGUGGCUAUUGAGAAAGAUAACCAUGGACAGCAGUCUUCCCCAACGGAGUCUUGCCUGGUGCAUCUGCUGAUAACUUCACUUUACUGGCAUGUCAGUGUUGUGUUUUGGUCAAAAGGAAAGUGUUCCCUUUUACAGAAUUUCUCGAUGAUCUGCCUUCUAAAAAUCCGUCCACCUGAGAGACUCCAAAAGACUGAUCCUCCUUAGCAAGAACAAAACCUUUUUGUGUGUUUCUUUUUUAGUUGAAUGUGUCCAGAAAGGGGCUCGGACUGGGUAGGGUUGUUAGGUUCCAAUCAGUGUGGACUUGAACUAAGCUAUUCUCUUUCUUAAAAGCCUCUCUCUUUUCAUCCCUAUCACAACUGUUCUUCUGUACCUUUCAUUGCUGGCCAUAGUGGCCAUCAGUCCCAGGCCUGGUUCCCAAGUUCCUGUUUAUAUUAUUUCACAUGUGCCCAACAACUGUGACAUGCACAGUGACAUAACAGAAUAUGUCAGUCAGGGCUGGGGUGCUGAUAGCUAUUGCAAGCAAGAAAUGUGAGGAGUGAUGGUUCCUGGGACAGAGGGCAGCUCACAACUGCACUAGCCCAUCUAAUGUAGAAUCUUGGGCCUUGCAUGGAAAACUUAAUUUUUUGUUGUGGCUUAUGAUAGUUCAAGUAAGCCCUUUGCGGUUUUUUCCUGAUAGAACAGCACUCUUACUGUCGCAUUUGUGAGCAGGUGUUCUGGUUUGAUUCCUCUUUUUUAAAACAGUUGUCCACAGUUAAGGUGGAAAAGAGAAGCAAAAGUUUAGAUCACUCCCUCCUACCCACUUGCCAUUGUUGGCAGACUAGCAGUUCACAGAGAGAAAUUAAAAUUCUGUUUCUAGUAGAGGGAGGGAGAUGACAGCAAAUACGUAAGCAGUGUGGUCUGCAGAUUUAUUACUUUUCCCUCCAUAUGUAAUUCAGCUGUGAUGAGGACCUUGGCUGGAACAUAAAGACUCAUUAUCUCAGUGUAUCAACAUAUGUGGACAGCAUGGGGCACUAUUCCUCAUGCCAAUUUACAUUUUUACAUAACAUGCCAUCUCCUGUGUCCUCAAUGCUUUCUUGAGGGAGCAAAGACUUAAAUGCAGUGGGAAAACUGCUCGGCAGAGAACAGCAGAGCCUCAGUUUGCUUUGAGCAAAUCCUCUCCAUCUCCAGGGAUGAUCCAGUUUCUGCUCAAGUUGGUCCCAGAUGUAAGAAUGGACAAUAAGAGCCACAUUAAGCCUAAAGAGGAUAGAAGGACAGCCCAUGCAGCCAUGGGAAUAGUCACCCCACGGAAUUCCCUAAGAAGCAAGUAAGAUGAACAUUAAUUCUCUCAACAGCAUCCAUUUAGGUGGGGUUUUGUGUAGAUUGCUUUGUGAAUGUUCCAUAAGUUAAUUAUUUCCUCCUCCAAAACAGGUGUAAAACAGGUUUGGGGAGGGAUACCAUUCAUAUAUCUUAUCAAGUUACUGUGAUUUUGGAGGAUGACUUAGGAAGGUUUCAAACAUAGAGGUUUGGGACUGGCUGCUUAAAAAGCAUGUGUGUGCAGAGAUGCUAAAAGUGGGACCUGUGUAAAACAGUGUGCCUAUUGCAUACACUUCUGGAAAGAAGAAGCAAAUGUAAAAAAAUAGUUUGCUGUUUUUUUAACUGUGUAUUCUUGGGCUUUUUAAUUGAUUUCUUUCUCUUUUUGCCAGAAUGGUAGAAAAAUCUUGUUUGCUGAAAAUAGUUCUGUUACUGCUUCUCAUUUUUAUUAAGAAAUAUAUGAAGUUGUGUCAGGAUUCUGUGACAUACCAUUCCCUUUACUUUCCACUUUCUCUUCUAGUAAAUGUUUUAUUACUAGGACAAUUGCCUGAGAUAUGCCUCUUUAUUUUGGCCUUUUUUCUUUUACUCAUAGGGGUUUUGCAGAAAGAAAAGAUCCAACUGCUCUAAUUGAAGUCUGGAAGGAAUUUUUACCAGAUCAAAACUGGCAAGGGACCUUUAGGGCAUUUGUUCCUGUAAUUUACUCCUUACUGCAUUUGCUCAAGCCAGUUAUCUGCCAGGUUGUACACACCUCUUCUUAAUAGCUGUUUCUCCCCUGCAGAUGAUUCCUAGCACCACUUUGUGGCAGCAAAGCAACAGCUGUGUGUUAGCCAGUAAUGUGCAUUUCACUCUUAAAGAGAAAGGGAUUCCAUGAUGCUCACUGGUGGCUUUAAAACAAAUCAAAUAAAAAACAUUUCCAAGAUCGUGAA